AUGCAAUCUCCUUUUGACCAACAAUCAUUUUUUCUUGCAAAUAUUCCUCCGUUAGAUUUGAACGUGUCAGAUACUAAUACAAUGUCAAAAUCAAAAAAUAUGGCGCCUCGGAAUGGUCACUCUUCCCCUUCUAUUAACACAGCUUCAACAGGAUCUACUACACAACUAUUAUCACCUCCACCUGUUGACUUUUUAUCUUCCACACCACCGAGCAUAACUCGUGUUUUAACAUAUUCUUCACCAUUCAUACACUUGUUUUCGUACCUUUUGUCGCUUAUGACCUGGUCAACUGGUAACCCUUCCGAAUCUUGUUUAUUAGUAGCUGCUUGGUGGACGGUUUGUCAAUAUCCAAAAGAAAUUAUUAUAUAUGGAACGCAUUUAUUUAUAUUAACAUGGAUAGGUUGGAAGUGGGUUGAAAAGAGUAAAAGUGAAAGACUUGGUAAACCAAGUUCAGCUUCAAAAUCUACCUCACAACUUGACUUGAACAAAACAGUUUUAGAGAUACACAAGAUCUCCGAUAAACUAUCAUCAUUUCACGCUUUUAUCAAUUCAAUUCGUUCACAAAUUGAUUGGACGAAUUCUACAAGAACUCAAAAA